CUUAACGUCAUGCAUAGUGACGUGUUCAUGCCUGGUAACUAUGAAGAGAACGUUGGAUACAGGUUGAAGGAAUAAUUUCACGAAUAAUGUUUUUACUGAGAAGUACAAAAAAAUAGAAAUCAGAUCUGUAGGUUAAAAGACUUACGGUAUCACAAUUAUUUACGUAAAGAAGUAUGAAACUUAUGGCACGGAAUCGGAUACAGAAGUUAAUUCUCACACCUGAGUAUUCAGAAUUUAAAGACACUCUGCUUGCAGAAGGAGCUUUUAUUGAGUUAGACAAAUGUGGAGAACCAAUCAGACAAGUAUUUCUUGCCAUUUCAGACAAUGUUUUCAUACUUGCUUCUGAAAAUGUUCCGGAUUAUGUACAAUGCCCCACCGUCAAGUAUGAUGCAGAUAUUGAUUUGGAUACUGAUGGAAUGGAGUUAGAAUGGGUUGUUCCUAAUGGAUUUCUAGACAUCCAAACAGAUAGCUCACAUAGAAUUUUAACCGUUGAUACACGGACAGGUCGAAUAGGCCACUUCUUGUUGUCCGAUAUCUGGGGCAGUGCGAGGAAAGAUUGGGUUAUUUGGAAGGAAGCGUUACAAGAUAUACAGGAUGAUCCCUACAGUUACACAAAAUGUUUAUUCAAAGAUUUUCAUAUACCCGAUAAAGUCUAUGAUAUGUCCGCAGUAAACAAAAAACGAAGUCAAUUGAAUCAGAAAAAGGCUAAGAGCCUUGAAACUCUUACAAAUAAAGUGAUGACAAAAAUGUAUGAAAUCCAGGACGAAAUGGAGAGUAAAAAAAAUAAACAGAAAUUGAAAAACUCUGCGUCACAAUCAAAUGAUGCAUAUUUUACAAAAGAAGCUGGAAGUCAAACUUCUUUUAACAACGACAGCGACAAAAUGCAAAAGAAAAUGAAACAGAAGGGGCAAUCCUGCAGUGCAAUGCUUAAGAGAAUGUGUUUCGGAGGAAAAGCAAAAGAACGUCCAAAAUAAAGAUUGACGCCAUUGUAAACUUCAGUAAAAAAAAAUAGUUUGAAGUCAUAUUAAAUAUUAAGUACAUCAA